UUUGGUUUAUUUUUGAUUUCCUACCCUGUGAAGUGGCCGUAUCAAGUACCUCGAUAUGUAUCAGAUGCUGCUCCACAUGUCCCCACCCUUAGGUUUGGGAAAGAAAUGUCCGCCAAGAGUCGCCCACAAGCGCCUCGUCAAAAUGAACAUGCCCAUCGCUGAUGACAACAGUGUCCAUUUCACCUCCACUCUGAUGGCCCUAAUUCGCACAGCUCUGGAGAUCAAACUGGCCUCAGGCAUGGUAGCCCAGCGGCUGUGUGAUGCUGAGUUAAAGAAGGAGUUGUCUACAGUGUGGCCCAGCCUCUCUCAAAAGACCAUGGAUCUAUUGGUGACACCACAUAAGCCUAAUGAACUGACAGUAGGGAAGGUUUAUGCAGCCCUGAUGAUCUUCGACUACUAUAAGCAGAAUCGAGCAAGAAGGCUGCAGCAGCAGCAGCAACAGAGCAUGUCAGGCUCCCAGUGCAAGGUCGGGGCUCUGUUUAAGCCAUUGCUGCCUCUGACUCACAUGCAGGAGAAAGAUCUGCCUAUGAUGUUAAACAGUGUGGAGCCUCCCAGCAUGCUUCAGCCACAGCCCAAAUCCCAUGCCAGGUCCCAGCCACAGACCAGACCUAGCUCCAACUCCCUCAACAAUGGAGGCACGCUGUAA